AUGCCAUGUGCUGAGGCUGUAGAGAAUAACAACCUAACAGAUCUACUUGUACAGGUGAUGAUGGCAGGAAACGAUUACCUCAUGGCUGUGAAAAGUGUUAGCACACCAAUAUAUAUGGCUGACUUGUUGUUGCUGUUACUGGCUCUGUAUGAGGCAGUUUCUGUUAUCUCCAAGCGGAAAGCUGCGGCUGAAAAAACUCUGAUAAAGCAUUUUGUAUAUACCUCUAAGAAGGCUUUAACGAUUUUUAACAUGAAACAAGCAGAAAAAGGUUUUGAGGCCACUAUUAGUCAUGUGGGAACAUUGCUACAAUAUCGGCAAUACACGAGUAUAGUGCGUGAACAUGCCUUUACUACGUCAAAUAACAAGGCCACCUAUAUUGCGGAAAUAUUAAUAUCAAACACUUCCACAGCGUCUCUUCGCCAGAAGACAGUUCAGCUAAAAGGUGGUGUAUAUACCAACAGGAUGUGUUCAGUAAUAUUUUUGCUUGUAUUAGCCGCUUCUCCGGCGUUGAUAUCUGCCAGACUGGCCAAGAGUUAUGACAACUUUCCAGAAGAGUCGAUUGUCACACUUGAAGAAACUUCACUGGCACAAUAUAUCACCAUGGACGAUACAACAGAAGACAUUCUUGGUACUGUUAAUCAGUUGAUAAGUAGAAUAACUGCAUUAGAAAAGACGAUUAAACAUCAGUGUCAGAAACCGGUUGCUUUUCACGCUGUAAGGGACGGUGCAGAAUAUGCUCAUCUUGGAGCCUAUCAACAUAUUGUAUUUAAUACAGUCUUACUUAACAUCGGGAAUGGAUACAACGCCCACAAUGGCAUUUUUACCGCCCCGAAAGCCGGCUUGUAUAUAUUUUCGGCUUCUAUCUUAAGCUACAAUGGACCCAAGACAUCCGCGUUUGCUGCAGACAUCAUUAAGGACGGGAAGACUGUUCUUGCCAGAGUAUACGGCCAUGGAGUUAACGGAUUAUAUGACCAAGGAUCAGCUACCGUGGUCACCCAGUUAAAAGCUGGGGAGCAAGUUUGGGUUUGGCUAUUCUGGACUCCGAAUGAUUCGCUGUACGGAGGUCGUUAUACAACCUUUAGUGGGUCAUUAAUAAGUUCCUGAAAUUGGCCCCGUUACUCCAUACAUGUUUAACCUGUCAACCUUUUAUUUCAUUUUCCGAAGCAUUUUGUCGAAUUUUAAUACCCAUGUAUUGUGUGUACACUGUUAUAUCACAUUUCAGGACGCAUGCGGCAGUUUUGCGUAAAAAAUUUCCCAACAAUAGAAUUUGUUCAAACUUUGUAUAUGAACAUAGUGUCAUGUUAGAAACAGAAUUAUGAAAAAAAAAAUCGAAGGUCACCACGCUUGUUCAGGAGUUAUUUACCCUUGAAUGUGCAAAUUUGAAGAAAAAUCAGGUUUUAAGGGCAAAUAACUCCUGAACAAACACGAUGACCUAUGAUUGUUUUUGCAUUUUUGCCCCAUCUCUCAUACAAGAAACUGCAGCAAGUUGCUUUAAUACGAAAGUGUGCAUGUUCUUAAAACAAGUAAGUAUUUACAGUGUCUUAAUAUUCAUAGGGGCUUGAGGAAUGUUCAUGAACAUUCUCGAUCAAACUGAGUCCAUAUUGUUUUGUUUACUUGGAUUUUAUGCUUCCAAAGGAUGUUUUACAUGUAGUAGAUAUUACUCUUUUCUUCUAAAAAAAAUACUUACAUGUACAUAUGUAUAAACAGCAUAUUAUUAUAUAAUUGUAUCCUAGUAUCAAACGAAAGCAGGUUACCAUGAUCACGGUACUCAUCUGAAGACAGUCUAAAAGCAAAUACUUAUUAAAAUCAUAUGUUCUA